AUGAAAAUGUACAAUCAGUAUCUACGUCUUUUACUUGUUGAGCACACCGAGCUCCUCGAGCCUGCGGUCGACGACGCGCUGGAUCAGGUCCGCAAUCCGGCUCUCGUGUCCGAGGAUGUACUUGCCCGCGCAGUCGACCUCGAUGUUGACCCUGUCUCCGGCCUUCUUACUGGAGAGCGUGAGCUUCUCCUGCGAGUGCGCAAUGAGCAUGAUGCCAAACUCGAGCUUCUUGUCGUCGACAAAUGUGAGCGUGAGACUGGCGCCGUCGACGGUGACAAAUCCCUUCUCGACGAGGUAGGGCAUCAUCGCUGCGUCCUUCUCGUCCAACGCGAAGGUGUACCGCAGGGACGCUCCGUCGGGCUCGACCUUCUUGAUCGUCGCCACGCCGUCGACGUGGCCCUGUACCAUGUGUCCGCCGAAUCGGGAGUGCGCGGCCAUGGCGCGCUCAACGUUGAUCUUGUCCCCGGGCUUGAAGUCGCCGAGAUUGGUCCUCGAGAGGGUUUCCGGCGCAAGACCGACCUUGAAGCUGUCCUUGUCAAAGGUCAGGACCGUGAGGCACGCGCCGUUGCAGCAGAUACUGUCGCCGAUGUGGCAGUCGUCGAGAAUCGGCGCCGCAUCGCUGAUCGUGAAGAUGUGCUCGGUGCUCGAGGUCGAGGGCUCGACGUGCGAGACGGUCGCGACGUGCUCGACCUGGGGUUAGCUAAAGGUCACAUCAGACCAGCUUACGAGUCCGGUGAACAUUGCUGUUUGUUUUGUAGAGGGGAAAGGGUGAAGAAGGAAGACAGAGAUGGAUCAGUCAGCUAUUCCGACGAGGUGGACGUUCAUUGCCGAGCUAGACCGGGGCCGGCUGAGUCGACCGGCCACAGCCGCUCACCGCUCACCCAGCCAACAGCUCAUGUUGGACCAACCUUAUUCCAUCCACCCCGUUAA